AUUUAUCUGAUCUAUUGCGAUUGUGAAUCUUAUCGGGUGCGGGUCUACUCGAGAGAUUGCGCUGACGCAGUGAGAAGCUGGCGGCACUGUACGCCUCAUUGAAUAAUCCUUUUAUAUUUAUCAGCCAUUUAACUAUUACAACGACACGAAUUAAAUAAACCAAAUAACAAAAAUGGGAAAAAAAUUAUUGAUUUGUGCUGGCGUCACGACCUUGUUGCAAGCAGUAACCCAGGUAGUGCUGAGUGUGUUGAGCAUCGCUCAAUAUUUGGGAUUCAUCGAUUUUUUGCGGGAACUGCCCCAUCUAAUUUUUAUUAAAAUAUUAUACUACCAUAACCCGGCUCGUCACGGCAACGUCAUUACUAUCGGCCAUGCGAUUGAAGGCAUUGCAAACCAGGCCUUCGUCUUGAUUCCUAAAGAACCUUUCACUGCAACCCGUACAUUUAUUAUCAACUGCACCUACUUAUCACUGGGAUUCCUGUGGGCAAUUUCCAGCAGUAUCCUCUUAGCUGGUGGUACGCUGAAUGAGUAUUCUAGACCAAUAAGAUGGCCCUGGGUAGCCGUGACGGUCGCUGUGUGCGCUGUUGAUCUCGUUGCCACCGUAAUUUUUGCCAACGACUCGUUUCAUACUAGGACUCUUAACAAUAUUAUGAACUAUAUAGGUGGGACAGCAAACGGCGUUGGUGGGAUUUCUAUUGACACGUCUGCCACCGCCUGGAUCAUGGUCAUCAUAUAUUCUCGCUUCAUAAUUAUUUUCAUAGUGAAUGUGGUAGUGAUUAUACUUGUGGCGCUGAAUAAAAACAAAUCCAAAAAAGCCGAUUUAAACUUGGUUGAGAGUCCCAAUAUUGCGAUUCCUGCAGUUCAACAACCGCGACACAGCACUCCAUUAGCAAAGGAAAACAAUAACCUAAACAUUGGGGAGAUUCAAAAUCUAUCAGAUAUAAUUGAAGAUGCAAAUAAUGAUAGUAGUUUUGAUAGUAGCACUGAAAACUUGAAUGAAAGUUAUUAUAAAACAUACGGGUUCAAUAUGCCACGGGCGAGAUUCAGCCGUACCUUCCAGAACAUCAAGAAAAAGAUAUUUGCGAAGGAUACUUUUGUACAAUCAAAGGAUAAAGUGAUAGACCGAUAUGAGACUAUCGAGCACUCAUCAGAAAGAUCACCGCAGAUGCGGGGUUCUAAUCGCCGUGCGGUGAUCUUCCCCGAAAACCUAUUAUCGCUACCUCAGCGGGUGGAGAAUAUGAUUGCGGCCGUGCAGCAUCGCUUGGACCGCUCGGUUAAAGACCCGUCUGGACCGAUUUCGGCCCCUCAAUCACUUCCGGCUAAGGCACAGAUGAGCGACGCAAAUAUAACUUUCAACAAAGGUCGUCGGGACACUGCUCCCGAGCUAAGUGGACAAUUACCUUGGACCUACAUCCCAGAGGCCCCGUACCGAUUGUACUGGGAUCUUCCUUCCGAUGAGGAACCGCCUCCGAUCCCGCUGGCUGACUAUACAGCAAUAGGUGUCGCUUCCGGCAGAAAAACUUCCGUACACCGUGCACCCCCAAUGCCAAAGAUGACCAUGAAAACUUUGAAAAAACAUCAAAAGACUCGGCUACCACAGAAUAGCAAGAUGACACUCAAGGAAGUAGACGUGCUCUUCUGACAGACAAACAUCCGUACUACUAUUAUAAAUUCGAUACAAAUUC